CCGCCAGCCUCCGCCAGCCAUGAUCAUCGCCGUUAAGGAGAAGGAGGAGGUCCCUCCCGAGGCCGUGGACGCUGAAGAGGAGAACGAUGACGUCGAAGAGGACGGCGUGGAGGAGGUUAAUCCUGCGGGCGGCGAGGGCAAGAAGAAGAAGAAAAAGAAGAAGUCGAAGAAGAAGAAGGCCCAGCAGUCGGAGCCUCCCCGCGUCGGCCUGUCGAAACUGUUUCCCGACGGGAACUAUCCCGAGGGCGAGUUGCAAGAGUACAAGGACGAUAACGCAUGGCGCACCACCUCCGAAGAGAUGCGCUACAAUGAGCGCAUGGCGAUGGAGGAUCCGGAGACGACGUAUGCGAACAUUCGGCGCGCGGGGGAGGUGCACCGGCAGGUGCGAAAGUAUGCGCGGGCGCACAUCAAGCCGGGCAUGAUGAUGACCGAGAUCGCGGAAAUGAUUGAGGACGGCACGCGUGCGCUCGUCGAGGAGAAUGGGCUCGAGUCCGGCGUCGGGUUCCCCACCGGCCUCAGCUUGAACAACUGUGCGGCGCACUACACCCCCAACGCCGGGGACACGAUUGUGCUGCAGCAGGGUGACGUCAUGAAGGUCGACUUCGGCGUGCAUGUCAAGGGUCGUAUUAUCGAUUCAGCGUUCACGAUGACUUUCGAUCAUACGUACGAUAGACUUUUGGAGGCUGUUAAGGCUGCUACGGACACUGGCAUCCGAGAAGCCGGCAUCGACGUGCGACUAGGUGAGCUUGGUGCUGCCAUCCAGGAGACGAUGGAGUCGUACGAAGUCGAGGUCAAGGGAAAGGUGUAUCCCGUGAAACCCAUCGAAAACCUCAGCGGACACUCCAUCAACCGGUAUCAGAUUCAUGGAGGGAAGUCGGUCAUGCUCGUUGAGAACGACGAUCCGACAAAGAUGGAGGAGGGCGAGUACUUCGCCAUUGAAACUUUCGGGUCGACGGGUCGUGGACGAGUUGUCGAGAGUGGCGAAUGUUCGCACUAUGCUCGCAUUCUGGACGCACCGCACGUUCCUCUACGGUUGAACUCGGCGAAGUCGCUGCUCAAUACAAUCAACAAGAGCUUCGGGACGCUGCCUUUUUGUCGGAGAUAUCUCGACCGUGUUGGCGAGACCAAGUACUUACUUGCUCUGAACCAUCUAGUAGCUCAGGGCAUCGUGCAGGACUACCCUCCCUUAUGCGAUCAACGAGGCGCGAUGACUGCACAAUUCGAGCACACGAUUCUUUUACGUCCCACGCGGAAAGAAGUCGUGAGCAGAGGGGGGGAUUACUGAGGGGUUGCUUCUCUGCAGCAGGUGCUGUCGUGUCAUGUUGCUGUAUGUCUAUUCUUUUUACUUGC